AUGGGCUUCAAGAUGCUGCCAGACGAGCUUCUGAUGUCGCUCUCAGAGCAGUGGCCGUGUCGAGAUGUGCCGCUGCGACAUUUAUAUGCUCUACUAUCGCCUGCUCAGUCCACACCUUCUUCGGUCGUAGUCUACGGCCCGAAGGCCACAGGCAAGAGCACUAUCGUCAAGGCAUUCCUGGAAUCGAGUAAGCUGCGCCACGCGCUCGUCCGCUGUCAAGAAUGCGUUACUGGAAGGCAUCUCCUGGAGCGCAUUGUCAGUGCCGUCCACGAAGGCAUAGUCCAACACGAGGUCAACGGCCAUGCCGAAGCAUACUCUGGACGUUGCGAGAACAUCAGCGCGCUAGUGGUGCAUCUGCAGAAACUACUCGAGAGACAAGAGAAGUUCGUUCUGGUUCUUGAUGGAAUUGACGAGCAACGAGACGCCCCACCGACGCUCCUGCCCGCGCUAGGCCGACUGGGAGAAGUCGUGCCUCAGCUGGUCACCAUACUCAUCGUUAGGCAUCCUUCGCCUCGCUUCCUAUACCAGACGGGCGUUCCGCAUGUUCACUUCUCUUCAUACAGUCGAGCACAAACUGUCCACAUUGUCGCCCAAAAUCCACCGGACAUCUUCCUCGAGCCACCACCCAAUGAACUGGACUACGACGACGAGACCCAUGAUGAAGACAAAGCCUGGCUGUGGCCUCGCUUUUGUGCUGCCAUUUGGGACGCAUUUGGGCAGAGUGUGGCUCGCGAUCUCGUUUCGUUCCGAGAGACAUGCUACAAGCUUUGGAGACCGUUCGUGGCCCCUGUCGUUAAAGGCGAUUUCGGCACACGAGAUUUCAGCAGGCUUCUCGUAGCGCAGCGUCGCUUGCUACAAGAGGAAAACGUGCUUUUGGAUUCGAUCAUCAGGAGUGCGGGUGCUUCAACAGUGGUGGCGAAGAACAAAACGCACGAACUGCCAUACUAUGCCAAGUGGUUGCUCGUGGCGGCUUAUCUGGCAUCGUUCAACCCAGCUCGACUCGAUGCAGUAUACUUUAUGAAAACCACAGAAAAGAAAAGACGAAAGAAAGGCGGUGGUACAGCACGAUCCGGAGGCAGACCGAGCCAGAAACGACAGAUCCCCAGACAUCUUCUCGCAGCUUCAGCAUUCACUAUCGAUCGACUACUUGCCAUUUUACACGCCAUCUUGCCAGACGAUGUACGAACGACCAUCGACAUGUAUAAGCAGAUCGCGACACUCUCCAACCUGCGACUUCUGGUCCGAGCCGGUGGGAUAGGCAGCAGCGAUCCGCUCGAGCCAGGUGGGAAAUGGAGAGUCGGGCCUCUGGUGACGUGGGAGCAUGUUCAAAGCCUAGCCAGAAAUCUGGACUUCAACUUGAUAGAUUAUGCAGUCGAGUAA